AUGUUCCUAACUAUCUCUCUGGUGACGACAAGCCUCCUUGGAGGCUGGCUUGCUAGCACAGCUUGGAGUUGGUACCAACUCCGUCAUAUCCCCGGCUCGGUCUGGAUAUCCUGUUCCAAGCUCUGGCAGGUGGUGACGCAAAUAAGGGGUAGGUGGGAUCUCAAAGUAAGAGAGCUUGGGGAUCGUUAUGGGGACCUCUUUCGUGUUGGUCCCAACCAACUCAUAACGACCGAUAUUGAGGUCAUCCGACGGAUGGCGCACCCCAAGUCAGACUACUACAGGUCAUCGUUCUAUCAGACCUUUAGAUUCAGCCCUACCCAGGACAACACGUUCUCCCUCCUUGACGAGCAGGAGCACGUACGGCGGCGAACCAACUUUGGUCCUGGAUAUACAGGCAACGCACACGUAGAAGCCUGCGUCGAUCGACAAUGUGCGCGACUCGUAGACCUGAUCGAGCGCAAGCACAUCUCCACGCCGCAACAGUACCGACCUCUCGACCUCACCGCGAUCUCCCUAUUGUUCGCCAUGGACUGCGUGGGCGACAUCUCCUACGGCGGCCCAUUCGGGUGUCUCGACGAGGGCGUAGACGUGCACAAGUUUGCCAAGUGGAACGAGGACUUCUUCAACAUCGCCAUCGUCGCCGCGAACUUCAACCUGCUGACCAGAAUCUUCUUCAAGCCCCCCUUUAACAAGGUCUACCCCACGGCGCGUGACCGCGAGGGCUUCGGCAAGUAUAUGGCGCUUGCGCAGGCGGCUGUGGAGAGGAGCUUUGGAGAUACGGAGAAUCACCGCCGAAAAGAUGCGCUUGCGGCGUUCAUCGAGCAGGGAGUCACCAAGGAAGAGGCGUACAACGAGCUACUGCUGCAGGUUGUCGCCGGCACAGACUCAACCGCCACAGGCGUGCGCAUGACCCUCCUCUUCCUCGCCUCCAACCCGACCGCCUACACCAAGCUCGUGUCCGAGAUCGACGCCGCGAUCGCCAACGGCACCGUCAGCUCUCCCAUCAAAGACUCUGAAGCGCGGCAGCUGCCGUACCUGCAAGCCGUGAUCAAGGAAGGCGUGCGCGCGUUCCCGGUCGUGACCGCGACCUUCUACAAGCGGGUCCCGGAGGGCGGCGACGUCGUCUGCGGGCACUUCGUCCCCGGGGGCACGGAGAUCGGGCACAACGUGCUGGGCAUCAUGCGCGCGAAGAGGUACUGGGGCGAGGACGCGGACGCGUUCCGCCCCGAGCGGUGGCUGGAGGCUGGCGAGGAGAGGCUGGAGGUCAUGACGGCGGCGUUGGAGACGCUGUGGGGGGCCGGGCGCUACAAGUGUCUCGGCCGGACGAUUGCGCAGAUGGAGUUUAAUAAGGUGUUUGUCGAGUUGUUGCGACGAUUCGACUUCUCAGUCGUAACACCGCAGAGCCCGGUAGAUAUCGUGAACUCGGGCUUCUUCCUGAUGUCGGAAUUAAACAUGCGCGUUACCAGAAGGCAAGCCAAGUAA